AAAGAAAGGAAUUCACUGACAUACAAUAUAUGCAUACACAUCUAUAUGUAUAUUGUAUAUAUAUCAUCUUAUCUAUUACAUUUGAUUAAUUUUAGCAUAACUUUUCUUAAUUGGUGUCUUCAAUUUUGAUAGAAAUCAAACACCUCUCUCUCUCUCUCUCACGGGAGGUCUUGUUAGCAUGUUUGCCAUGUUAAAAACACUUGCAUUUGUUUUAACUUUAUCAGGUUUAGGUGUUUUGAAAGAAGUGGAAUCCUUCGGCAUCAACUACGGGCAAGUCGGAAAUAACCUGCCGCCGCCGGAAAGAGUUAUCGAUCUCCUCCACUCUCUCAGGCUAACAAAAACCCGAAUUUACGACACAAACCCUCAAAUUCUAGCGGCAUUUGCCAACUCAAGCAUUGAAAUCGUCGUCAUGGUCGAAAACGAGAUGCUUUCCACUUUAACGGAUCCAAACCAGGCUCUUCAAUGGGUCAUGACCCGGAUCAAACCCUACUUUCCCGCCACCAAGAUCACCGGCAUCGCCGUUGGCAACGAGCUCUUCACCGGCGCCGACGCCACGCUCAUAUCGUACCUCGUGCCGGCCAUGGUGAGCAUCCAUGCAGCCCUGGUCCGGUUAGGGCUGGACCGCUUCAUGCAUGUCUCGUCUCCCAGCUCGCUAGCGGUUCUUCAAGAAUCCUACCCGCCAUCAGCCGGGUCUUUCCGACCCGAACUGAACCGGAUCAUGCCCCAACUUCUGCAAUUCUUGGCGGCCACGAGGGCUCCAUUUUGGAUCAAUGCGUACCCGUAUUUUGCUUACAAGGGCGACCCGAAUAGGAUCCCUUUGGACUACGUACUGUUCAACCCGAACCCGGGAGUGGUCGACCCGUAUACAAAGCUACAUUAUGACAACAUGUUGUACGCGCAAGUUGAUGCGGUGAUCUUUGCCAUGGCGAAAAUGGGGUAUGGAGGGAUUGAGGUUCGGGUUUCGGAAACGGGUUGGCCCUCGGUCGGAGAUCCGAAUGAAAUCGGGGCAACCGCGCAGAACGCCGCCGUCUACAAUGGGAAUCUGCUGAGGAGACAGUGGAGAAGUGAAGGGACUCCAUUGAGACCUAAAACGAGGUUGGAGGUCUACAUGUUUGCAUUGUUUAAUGAGGAUAUGAAGCCCGGCCCGACUUCUGAGAGGAACUUUGGAUUGUUGAAGCCCGAUGGGACCAUGGUGUACAAUCUCGGUCUAUCAGAACUACUAACUCAUUGAUCAACUUUAUAUGAAAUUUAUUUUCAACUAAAAAGGAGCUUCAUAUGGAGACCAAAACCAUUCCUAGCUUCAUGAAUGCUAUAAAUAUAUGCAUGUAUUGCUUAAUUAUAAGAUGUAGCAUAAAUAAAUAACUUCUUCUUUGUUACA